AAAUUCCGUAUUCUUACCACUAGUUUUAUACUAGCCUACGUCGCUGAUAUCACCAGGAGAACGCAGUGUCAUGGUCAGUCUAUUAUUGCCAUUCUACCAGCUAUAAUAACCUCAUGGAAAAGGUAGAGAGGUUACGAGGUAAUCUGAGAGUGAAAGUAUCAAAUAGUCUUCAGAAGAAUGUGUUUCCCAGCAGAUGGCUGAGGAUGAUGAAGCAGAUACAGAGGACAAACCAGCGGUGUCAGGGGCUGCAGGGACCUCUGUGAUUGCUGACCCCACCUCAUCCCUGACCUCCCCAUGGCUACUCAGAGGACACCCCUGGUCCAACCCAGGCUGGUGAAAGACUUUAACCACUUCAUUACCUGCUACCUGUGCAGAGGUUACCUGAUCAAACCCACCACGGUCACUGAGUGCCUGCACACAUUUUGUAAGAGCUGCAUCAUCCAGCACUUUGAAGACAGUAACGACUGUCCCAAAUGUGGCAUUCAAGUCCAUGAAACCAACCCUCUAGAGAUGCUAAGGUUGGACAAUACUCUUGAGGAAAUCAUUUUCAAGCUUGUGCCUGGAUUACGAGAAAAAGAGCAACAGCAGGAGAUUGAUUUCUGGAGGAAGAAUAAGUCAAAAGAAAAUUCACAAGGAGACAGCCUUGGGUCUAAGAAGCUUGGGCUCAGUGAUGAGGAGGAUGGGGAUGAAGAUGACCAGGAUUACCACAGGAGCGACCCCCAGAUAGCCAUCUGUCUGGACUGUCUCCACAACAAUGGCCAUGCUGCAGAUGACACAGUGAAGUGUUUAAUGAAGAAGUUCAUUCACUGCUCUAGUCGAGUCACGGUGGGAACCAUCAAGAAGUUUCUCAGUCUAAAGUUAAAGCUUUCCAGCUCUUGUGAGCUGGAUGUGCUGUGUAAUGGAGAGAUCAUGGGGAAGGACCACACUCUGGAGUUCAUCUACAUGACCCGCUGGAGGCUGCACAGUGACAAUAGAUAUCCCAUGGUCCUGGAGUACAGGCCACGAAUAGAUUUUGGCUGAACGAAGCCCUUGAGAAGCCUUCAUAGACAAACAAAGCAAUGACUGGAUGUAUAUGCAGCCGAGGCCAGGGACUCAGUCCUUCCAAAUCUUUCUGAACUUCUCAACAUUUGACCAUUUAUUUGUCCUUUCUCCAUCUGUUUCAUUUUGUUGUGACCUUUGUUGUUGAACAUUAUGUGAACUUUGUUGUUGAACAUUUUGUGACCUUUGUUGUUGAACAUUAUGUGACCUUUGUUGUUGAACAUUUUGUGUACUUUGUUGUUGAACAUUCUGUGCUUGUGGCCAAAGUGAUUUUCAAGACAAGUAACUAUAGACAAGCUUAGCUGAAACAUAGAAGGAUGAAUAUAUCAUGUUGUAUUUAUUAGCCAGGUACUCAGGUAGCCUGGUAGCUCAGCCAAGGACAAGGAUAAGCCUGCAUCUGCAUGAUAAAGUUAGUGUGGACAGAAAAUGUAAUGAAAAGGGAGGAAUUGAGCAACUCCCAAGGGCUUCCACCCAAAGCCUGACUGUUUCCAACAAGAAAAGUAAAACAUGUUUAUCUCUUUAGAAAUGCACAUAACAUAUCCACAGAUUUGCCCACCAUCAAUCAAUUAGGGCAAUUUGCCUGUGACAGAGCACCUUAAUGUUGUCAACAAGUUUCAAAGAGUCUAAACCGAAGCCCAUUCAUCUUCGUUCUGUCCCAUGCUCAGUUAAUAACCAGUCUGACAAGCUGCUGAAAUCUACAAACACUCUCUGGCAGAGGCUGGGAAAUCUGCGGGAUGGGGAGAGAAACGUUAAGCCUCUUUCUCUCUCACACACACCCUGGCACCUGCCAAUCUCAGACCUGCAUUAAUAGCUUUUUUGGCACCGUUCUGAGUGAGCAGGUAUCACAUUUUAGUUUUUCAGUUUGAUCUUAGUAUGUUUAGACUAGAGAUACUAUCUUACAUGUUUUUAAAGGGAAACCAAUGGUGUGUACCUUUUCAUAUUGUUACUAGACCUUUGAGAUAUAAAUGUGUUUUAUGAAAUAGAUGACAUAACAACAUGAUAGUAAGAGAUGUGAAUUAUGGAUCUUGGAUAUCUUUGAUCACAGAACAGCUUUGGGCACUGUAAGAACUGGUUGGCAUAAAGCUUAUUUUAUUAGCGUUGAGGUGUAGUGUACUGAAGCUGUCUCUCUUUCACAGUGAUUCAGUAUAGAGAGUAUAUGGUAUCUGCUUCCUUACCUCAUGUUUAGCCUUAUAAUCUAUGUUGAUAUGAUUUAUAUGUGAAGAACAUUGAGGUGAAGCCAAGCUGUCCAUCUGCUGAAAAAUAGGAUCUAUUUUGAUUUAUUUUUUAAAGACAAAAAAAGGAAACGUACAUAUUCUUAUGGUUAAUAUUUUAUGCUGCUUAGAAUAUAAUAUAUUUUUUUUAUGUACUGCCUGAGAAUCAUUCUUGAGAUAGAGCUGUGAAGAAAUAUUGUUCAUAUCUGUACUUGAUUUAUAAUUAUUAUUCAUUAAUAAAUUAAAUGUUUUUAUUCUACCCACUCUC